CCUUAUAAAAACUACCCGCGGCUCACCGCCUGUCAGAGCAUCUGUGAAGGCAGACAAGUAGCGAGUCUUCUUCUCACCUGAGUCCCAAAGACGAGAAUCACGAUGGAAGAUCAGCGCAUCUUGAUCAGCGCGCGGAUUUUGGGAGGCAUCCGCCGGGAGAAACCAAAGCUCAAAAUGUUCAUGGUGUCUGUCUUGUGGUCGGAUGGAUCUGAAGUGAUCAUCUACAGAUCCUUUCAGGAUUUCAAGACAUUUCAUAAACAGCUAAAGACAAGGUUCCCUAACACGAAUCCUUUGAAGAAAACGGACAGGGUGAUCCCUAAAUUUAAUGGGAAGGCAAGGAGGAACAGCCUCCAGCAGAAGGGGUCCAAGAAGUCCACCGGGCAGAUGAAGUUCUUGGAGACUUACUGCGACAAACUGCUCAAGUGUGGCCAGAAUGUGACUCAGAGCCCGGACGUGACCCGGUUCUUCACGCCCAAAGACCACGACCUGCAGCCCGACUUCACCAAAAACACCGUGAUGACUCUGAUGUCCGACGAUGUGUCCGGUGGAGGGGUGGAGGGGGGCGGCCACCAGGGUCCGGGCGGCAUCACCCACCCCUUCGUCACGCAGACCUACCGCUGCGUGGCAGCCUACGAGACCAAGGACAUCAAGAACCGGCCAUUCAAGGUGGCCGUUGACGAGAAGCUGGACGUCCUGAUCAAAGACCCCGCAGGUUGGUGGCUGGUGGAGAGCGAGAACAAGCGCAUGGCCUGGUUCCCCGCCCCGUACCUGGAGGUACUAGACGGAGAAGAUGAGGAUGAAGAUGAGGAUGGACUGACACAAGGAAGCCUCUACUGUGCCGUGAGGAGUUACUCAUCCAGGAACAGCGAUGAGGUGUCUGUGCCCAUCGGCUGUGUGGUGGAGGUGCUCAAGAAGUCCGACGAUGGCUGGUGGUUCAUCAGGUUCAACAGCCGGGCGGGUUACAUCCCCUCCAUGUACCUGCAGCCGUACAACAACCCGCGGGCCAACCUCUACGGCGUGCAGAGGAGGCUGCACAGCUCCACUCUGAACCUGGCCACCGCCAGCCAGGCCCCCCCUCCGGUCAGAAUCCCAGAGGGGGAGGCGUUGGCGGGGUUGCCGGCGGCCUCCAGGCCCGGCUUCCCGCCGCACCUCCACAAGGCCCAGUCCCUGGACGUCCUGUCGGAGCCCUGGGAGCAGCCGCGGGCGGUCACCUCCGACCGAGACCGCGCCAUGAGCCGCACCAGCGCCGAGUCGGACUUCUCCGACCUGUCCUCCAGCAGCGAGUCCUCCUCGGCCCUGCGGGAGGCGCGCCCGUCCGGGGCCAGCGACGGCAGCCCCGACUGGACGCUCCCCGCCCGCCGCAGCUCCAACACCAGCUCCCACAGCUCCAACAGCUCCAAAGCCAGCGAGGCCUCCUCAGCCGCCCCCAGGGUGCCCCCCAGACCCAAGACCGAGGAGAUCCUGACCCGAUGCACCACCAUGACGCGCAAAGCCGCCCUGGCCACCAAGACCCGGCUCCACGUCCAGCCAGACUCAGUCCACAGCCGCUAGGAGACCACAAGAGGCCCGUUCAGGCUUUAACCGAGUUAGAUUCUUCCUAAUACUCGCACAUAUUUAUACCGUAUCAUAGAAAAAAGGUGUAAACUCUUUAAUCAGAAGGUAAAUGGGGUUUGAGCACUGUGUAUUGAUUUACUGUUAUGUUAGAAAAAAUGUAAGCGGCCCGGGCAGGACCAAGAUAAGUUGAUCGCCCUAAAGGGCUGUCUAGAUAUGUUGUGUUUAAGUCAAACAAAGCCUGACAUUUUAAGUUUGUCAGGUGAAAAACGUAGCUUCAGUGAAGCCUAAGUGGUAGAAGGGGAAUGCAUGUGUUAUACUGGCUUUAAAGGACGUUGGGAAUAUAAAUCAGCUUUGACUUUCUAUUCUUUUUUUUCCUUUUUAUCGCUGUUAUUAUUCUGGGGACAGUACUUCAUGAUAGAUCAUAUGUAUUAAGACUUUCUCUGCUUUGUAAAGACUGUAGCAUUGUUUUGGAUACUGCACUUUGCAAAUUUGUACACUGUGUUUAAACAGUUUCUGGUUACACAAAGGAAUGGCUCAAGAAAAGCCAGCGUGUUUGUGUGAAACAUGUUUGUGUGGCCAGACGGAACUCUGAUUUCUUAUGUUAUAGUCAUCUGAAAAACAUAUAUGUAUGUAUAUCAAACUGCUUUAUUUGACUAAUAAAUUAUAUUUGAGAA